AUGGAGAUUCCGUCGUCUCUGGAUGCGGAUGGAUGGACAACCCUGUUCGGUCCGUGUUGUGUUGCGUUCCUAUUCUCACUCUCGUCUUUGCCUCUCCUCCACUUUCAACUACACGGCCGGAUAAGCCGAAACAACCAAAGUCGGCUCCAUCACAAUCUUACAACCUCCAGCAACCAAUCCAUCGAUUUACGGUUUUGCAAAAUUGAGCUUGCUCAUGAUCCUCGUGUCGUUGAAAACGCAAGGUUCAAGUGUCAUCUGGUUGUGUUGCUUGUAUCUUCUCGGACCAACUCCUGCGUUUUGCCUCAAUCGCCGGCGCCACCGCCGUACUGCUGCUCUGAGCCUCGCCCCGAUACAGGCAUGAUGGGCAACACCACACCAUACUUGCAUCCUCCUCCUCGUCUCGACCACUCGCCAUAUUGGGACACCCAUGUGGAUUCGACUGGUUGGGGUCCGCAAGCAAACACUCCUAACAUGGACUCUAGCUCUGGCCAUAAGAUCUAUCAGUCUGCCUUAUAUACGGUCAGGUUCAUCAUCAUGAACUCUGAUGUAGACAACCUUGAAGAGUUAUUUUCGAGUGAUUGUAUGCUUCUCAGUCACUAUUUCUUGAGAAUUACUCUCGGAAAGGGCAGCUCUACUGUUGAUUCUAACAUCGAGGCUCGGAACGUCCAUCAGAAAGAUGAAGAAAUAUAUGGUGCAGUAAGCAGUUUACAAAUUGCUUGGUUUGGUUCGCGCUGGAUUGAGACACCGCUAAAUAACUGCGGUCAGAACCUCGCAAAAUUCAUCCCCAUCAUUUGGUACUGCGCACCUUUCGAGGUGAAUGUUCUGCAGUUAAGCAUCGCGGAAUACGUGAGUGUGCUACUUGCUACCUUGCUUGAAAUGCCGCUGCUUAAACCCCCCGGGAUGCGGGUCGAACAAGGCAGGCUGCCAAACAUGCAAGACGAAGAAGCAGAAGGGGGCAAGGGAAAGCUGUGCGGUUUCACUCUAGAUGGAGCUCUCCUUUCUUCGAAAGGGUAUUAUGGCAUGAACGCAAGGAGAAAACGCAGUGGGCAAACCAAGGACUCUGCCAUGCCUCUACUGGGGAUGGAGCGAACAAACCAUGGAUGCCUAGAAACCCAAUGGAUCUCUUGCGACAACAUCAUUCUCAUGUUCUCGCGAAAACCACCCGAGGUUCAGCCCGCAGAUUCAAAGGCAUGUAACAAAAGGAAAAAAAGCCACGAAUAG